AAGUCAGGCCGCGUCAUGCGUUUUGCGCAUAGCGAGCUACCGCUUUGAAUUACAGUAAUAUUAGCUAAGAUAGCUUAUUUCCAAACGGUCGGGAGGAUUUAUUUUACGCGUGGUGUUUAAACACUGCCCAAAGUCAUGAGUUCUCACGGCAAGGCGUGCACUGAAUUUAAAAAGAACUGGAGCCAGCUGUGAAACGGCUUUAGCUAAUGCAAGGCUAACUGCUAACCUCGGUAGCUCGUAAAAAGACGAACAUGGGAUCCAAAGGAAAGAAAAGGAUGGUUCUGCCAACUCGACCUGAUCCGCCGUCAGUGGAACAGAUAAUCGAAGAUAUACACCGUGCCUACGCCAAUGAUCCGGUCUUCAGUAUUUUGCAAGAUCCAGUAGUUUGCGACGAAGAAUUGAAAGAAAGCUCAAACAGUGAAGUGGAGGCCAGGUACUUGCAGAGCAGACGGUAUCUGGAGCUGUGCGAGAGGCUACAGGAGGCCCGCGCUGACCUGGUGCGACGAAGAGAAGCGCUCAUAACUGCUGGGGAGUCUUUAGAGCGUAGUGUGGCAGAGGUGAAGAGAAGCGCUAUCUGAAUGACCAUUACUUGCGGUUGGGACAGUCCCACUUCUUGGGUUGGACUCACUGAAUGAGAGCCAAUUUGGGGACUUGUUUCCAAGUCUUGAAUUUUGCUGAAAUAGUCAAUAAUACUGAGAUAGAAGCAGAAAGACUUGAAGUAGCAACAGUUGAAAGCAACAGUUUAGCUUUUUUUUCCACCUUGCCUCUGUACUUCAGUGCUUUAUUCAUAGUGCUUUUUCUUGACAGACUUGAGAACAUUUUAUUUUGCUAUACAAGAUAUAAAACCUUUUGUUUUCUCAGCUUUGAGAUGACCAGGUGAGAAUUAACAACUAAGUUAUGUUUUAAUGAUUUUGAGAAGGGUUUUUGGUUGUUGUCACGGAACUCAAGGUAUAGACUGCUAAAAUGUAGAGCCAGAGCAGGAGUUUGGUAGAAAUACUUGUGAACAGCAACAAAAUCUUUGAGACUGAAAUACUUGUCUGUGCCCUGUCAUUUAUUUUUGCCUAAAUCUUUUUUUAGUUCUGCAUAGUAAAAGGGUUGAUUUGUUACUUUUUUUUUUAUUCAAGAUGCAUAGACAUUAGAUUACUUUCUGCUGUCUUGUGCAACAACAAAAAUCACCAAAAUCAAGCCUCUUGUCCAUCUUUAAUGUAUCUCUUUGAUUUUGUAAUAUACUGUUGCUGUUCCAUUGUAGGAUGCCUUUACCUCAAACUCUGUUUAACAUGAGUUAAUCUGGUAAUAAAUCUGGUAAUGUCAACUAAUUAA